UCUAAAUAUAGCUACAACAGUUUGCACAUUUUUGUACAUAUGCGCAUAUUCUUUCAGAUAGAAAAAAGACAUUAUAGGGUAAAAUGGCAAUUAUGUAAUAAAAAAGUUAUAACAUGUUUUCAAGAACCAUAUACCGUCCUAAUAACAUGAUUAUCUAAACAAACCGCUCUAGCGACAAUCUAGCAACUCUGCUGGCCACAUAGCUUUCUUGGUUUUGACUAUAAGCUAUCCCUUCAAAGAACUUUGCAAAAAUGCCAGUGCACAAGGCAUGUGUUUGCAGAUUGUCCUGUUUUUUAAAACGGGUGUAAAAUAAUAAAAAAAUGGAUUAAGCAUUUGAUGUUUUAACUUUCAAACCUAGAAAAGUAUUUAUUUACUCAUUUACUCAUGCAGCCACGCUUAGUCUGCACAAAUUUGCUCUAUUUUAUAUGUAGAUUUAUAGCUAUAUAUGUUAAAUGGAUGAAUUAAUCUCAAAUAGAAAUUUUGCAUCAGACAAAAAGACUGGCUUUAAAUCAAUAGAAAAGAUUGGCAAAAUUGUGCUAUUUGUUUUAAUAAGAUUUUGGAAAGCCUGCAGUAUUGCGUUAUUGUUUCUUUUUUUGCUGUAUUGGUUAUAUGGUGGUAUAGUGACAUUGUUGUUGUUAAUUUGUGCAUUUGUUGGUGCAUUUUACCAUUACCAAGAUGCACUUUUAUAUUUUCCUGAUCAACCAGAGAAUUCUCGGAUUUUUGUUCAGUCACCAAGGUUUUUAGGCCUACCAUACGAAAACUUGCACAUCACUACAAAAGAUGGCGUAGUUUUAAAUGCAAUAUUCUUAAAGCAAGCUGGGGCACGAUUAGGUAUUGCACCCACCAUUAUAAUGUUUCAUGGUAAUGCAGGGAAUAUUGGACAUCGUUUAAUAAAUGCACAUGUGUUGUAUUCUUACACGGGUAGUAAUAUUUUUAUGUUGGAUUAUCGAGGCUAUGGAAAAAGUGAUGGCUCACCAAGCGAAAAAGGUUUUGAACUAGAUGCCGUGGCUUCAAUUGAAUAUCUUUUAAGUCGUUCAGACAUUGAUCAUGAGAAAAUAAUUUUGCAUGGGCGUUCACUUGGAGGAGCUGUAGCGUUUUCACUGUCUUCUCUGGAGCAAUACGCAGAUAUUUUAUUUGCUGUUGUUGUGGAAAAUACAUUUACAAGUAUUCCAGAUAUGUCGAAACAUCUCUUCAAAUAUUUAAAACAGUUGCCAAGUUGGUGUUACAAAAAUAAAUAUCCAUCAAUCGAUCGUGUAAAAUCAAUCACCACUCCGACUCUGUUUUUGUCUGGACUUGCUGAUCAACUAGUGCCUCCCAAGCACAUGUCAAAAUUGUAUAAUCUAUCAGGUGCUUAUGUUAAACGCAUCGAAACAUUUGAGACAGGCACUCAUAAUGAAACGUGGCAGUGUCAUGGGUACACUGACGUCAUCAACAGAUUUCUAAACGAGGUGUACGAAGCAAGAAAACAAGGUCUUAUUCCCAAACGACGGUAUCGAAAAUCACACGGUAUAAAUGAAAGUCCCGAUGCUGUGAUUGAUAUUUGAUUUGUAAUUAUUUGUAAUUAUUUAUAACAUCAUUUUUUCAAAAAAUAAAUAAAUAAAUGUUUUUUUUUA